AUGGCUUUCCGUAGAAGGGUGAGUUCGGGAGUGGCAGAGAGAAGGAUCACAGAAUGGGUCGGUUGCAGGGGAGCGGAGACUCGAACUUCAGUCAUCACGAUGAUCUUGAGCUCGAGGCUGGAAACAGAGAGACUCUUCGGAGGGACGCCGAACGACAGGCCGCACUGCAACUAGAGAGGGCCAAGGUGAGCGGAUCACUGUGAUAGGUCUUCCUUAUUUUGAGCCGUUUACAGUACAAACCGGUGGCUUUCGCGGUCUCUACGAAUGUAGAAUACGACGGAAGUGUGGACGACGACUCACCAGUGCACGGGUGCGCCGUCUCUUUCAAGGUCAAAGACUUUUUACACGUGAAAGAGGUUACAGUCACUCUCAAUCGGCGAAUUAUCAAUAAUUCGAUUUCAGAAGUACAACAAUGACUGGUGGAUUGGACGGUUAGUGAAGGAAGGCCACGAUCUGGGGUUCAUUCCGUCGCCGGCCAAGCUCGAAUCGCUCAGACUUCAGACGGCCAAGUCGGGCAAAUUGUGAGUGAUCGGGCGCGGAGCUGAUGAAGAUUGAGGGGUUUACAGCAAGCAAUCGACAUCUGCAACCAAUCUCGGAGCACUCGACAACAUGAUGCCGAGGAGCGGAUCGAGAGGAUCCACCCCUCCGACGCCCGGUAAUCCUAGAAUGAAUGGGGGACUGAACUCAGAUGGCAACUCUUUCAGAUGACGAUGAAUACAAUGCGAAGCGGAUGACGAACAUCGUGACGACGCCGCCGACAAAAGAGAAGAAGAAAUUGAUAUUCAAGAAGGUGCAGCAAGAGAAUGUGCCUCCGUACGACGUGGUUCCUUCGAUGAGGCCGGUGGUGCUGGUGGGGCCAUCGUUGAAAGGGUACGAAGUCACGGACAUGAUGCAGAAGGCCGUGUUCGACUACUUGAAGCAUAGGUUCGAAGGAAGGUGAGCGAGCUUUUAGUUGUUUGGUUUACUUUGAAAUUCGCUGAGUUUCAGAAUAAUUAUCACACGGGUAACAGCUGAUAUUUCACUUGCCAAACGAAGUCUUCUAAACAAUCCGAACAAAAGAGCGAUGAUGGAAAGGGCCAACUCGAGGACGAGUAACAGUCUCGCGGAGAUCCAGACAGAAAUCGAGAGGAUCUUCGAACUGGCCAGAUCAAUGCAGUUGGUCGUGCUCGAUUGUGAUACCAUCAACCAUCCGUCGCAGUUGGCGAAGACGAGUCUCGCUCCCAUCCACGUAUACAUCAAGAUCUCCAGUCCAAAAGUGAGUUUUCCUUGUUCCCUCUUCUGUUCCAACUCUCUCCCUUUUCUCAGGUUCUACAACGAUUGAUCAAAUCGCGCGGGAAGUCACAAUCAAGGAACAUGAACGUGCAAAUGGUGGCUGCGGAGAAGUUGGCACAGUGCCAGGCCGAGCUGUUCGACGUGUUGCUCGACGAGAACCAGCUGGAAGACGCGUGCGAACACCUCGCCGAUUUCAUGGAAGCCUACUGGAGAGCCACGCAUCCGCCGGUCAGAUCGCCGCCGAGAAUAAAACGGAAUCCGAUGGAGAACAGAGGCCCGAGCACUAUGUUCACGCCGGCUCAAAUGAUGCAGGUCAGUGGAGAGAACGGUAUUUCAUGUGCAAAGGGAAUAUUUUAGGGCAUGCCGGGCGGUCCUCCCCAACUACAGCCUCAGCAGUCCAUCGCAUCGAUGUCUCAGAUGGCUUCUGGCCAAAUGGGAACCAUGAAUCCUCCGUACCUGGUGCCUCCGAUGCAAGGCCGUCCCGGAAUGCCGAGCAUCAGUGUGCAGCAGGGACCCGCUUCCUACGGCAUCCAACCGCACUUGCAACCCGCUCCUCCGUCGGCGCCCCAACGACAGACAUCGUACGAUCGUCACGGAUUCGACGAGUACGACGAUAUGGACAUGGGUCAAAGGCAGUACGAGAAGGGCACUUAUAGGUACUAA